AUGGAGGCGAAUCGUGCUCCGUCCUCUGGAGGCUGUGUCGCGCUGCCUGUCGAGCCAGGCAAUUCGUCCUCUCUUGUAGAUUUUUUCUACACGCAAGCUUUUCCUCUCUCACUGCUGUCGGACGCGGCCCCAGGCGGCAGCGGACUCCCCAACUCGUUCCAUCCGUCUCCCUCACAGGACGAAAAGACUCGCGGCUCGCAACGCGCUGGUCCGUUCUCUCAUGUCGCGUCUCCGUCUCCAGCAUCACUCCACCGCGUCUCUCCGCUUCUGGAAGAAGAAUGGGCAGGCGCGCUGCGACACCGAUUGCAGGCAGAGACUGAGGAGCAAGGCUCUGAAGAAGGGAGGCACUCUGUCGCUCGGGAACAGUCUCCUCCGACGGCGCGAGAAGAGGCCUCCUGUGUUGAGGGAUCUACGAAAGCGGUGGAGAGUCACCCUCUUCCUCAUCCCACCUGCGUUGCACUCCUCGGAGAAACGGCCGCGGUCGGAGGAUCAAACGGAGUUAUUCUCCUUUUGAGGCGCCCCGAUCCCUGUCUUCCUCUGCUCCCGUUUGCGCGAGUUCGUCUGCCUUGUUCUUCUUCAGUAUCAUCAUCAUCUGCUUCUCGUCUUCCUUCGAGCACCCGUUCGCUCUUUCUGUUUGACUGCGGGAGGUCGUUUCCCCGUCUUUCUCCACUUUUGUUUGUUGGCACUGAGGACGGCUGCGUUUUCUUUCUCCCCGUUGGCCUUCUCACGCUUCAAAAACCUCCCGGCGCAGACGCCCUAGAAGAGAGAAAGAACUGUGAACAGAGUGGCAGGCCUCCCCGUGAAAAAAAAAAAGCUGAAGCCUCUGACUCUCCCGCGACGACAGCCGCUUGCGCGUCGUGCCUGCCUGUCGCCUCUCCUUCGUCGCCUCCGUCGGCUUUUCCAGAGUCGCUGGACGGAGCGCCGGACUUGUUUUUUCCUCUGUUUCUGCCUCGAGAAACGCAUCGAGGUCGGCAGAACUCCCUGUCAACCGAAGGCGUCGCAGAGACAGUUCCCAGAAGAAGCCAGCAUUCGGCUGGCGUCUCCCAGCUGCCGGGGACAGAUGGGGUGUCCAUACACCCGGCGGCGCACCGCGCGCAAGGGCAGAAGAAGGCCGGCGCGCCCUGCGUGACUGCACUCUUCGCCUGCGAAUGCCCCCAGGAAAACGACUCUGAACUCGAGAGACUGAAGAGAGAAGAACUCGAAGCGAGCUGCUGGCCGUUUCCAUCGACGAGUCCCGUCGAGUUGCUUCCUGCCUUUCGGUCUCCACUGGAGGCGCGAGAAAACUUCAGUCUCACUUCUCCUCCCCAACCGCCGGAGGACGGCGCGCUCUCUCUCUUCGUCUUCAAAGGCGACGCAGACGGUGGACUAUCGCGCGCUCGGAUCACUUUGGCUUCCACUCUCUCCCCGUCGGCUCUCGCGUCUCCCGCUGCCUGUGGAGCGCGAGCGUUCCCGGCGGCUUCGUGCGAAGCGGCUGGGCCGUUGGAUGCCGGAGGAGCAGGCCGAGAGGAUCCUGCGGCGAGUCAGGCGCCGCGGCGCAGAGCCACCCUUGGCAGAGGAGCGGAUGCAGUUUCGGUGGAAGUCGUUGAAGAGCAGAGAGAACUGAUUGGCGCAGCGCCAGCGCCAGGCGAGACGGGAGGAAAGGUCCAGGACUUCCAGAGCACAGCCAAAGGCAUGGGGCAUGUUGUCAGCCUGGCGCGUUUCCCCUCACCUGCGCAGCUGUCGAGGGCGGGGACGCGCGAGAGAGAAGCGGCGACCUCGGAGCGAGCGGCAGAGGGAGAGGACGCGGGGAGCUUCGGAAGCGCGUCGUCGUUCGCAGACACAGACUGGCGGGGGAGUUGCGGCGGAGAAGAAGAAGAGACUGCAGACCUGCGUCUGGGCGCGAAGUCGCGAGGCUGCGAACCAGCCGCGAAGGACCUCCUCGUUGUCUCUGGACAGCGAAGAAACGUCGCUGUGUGGGGAGCCUGUGGAACGCGCCAGGUGGCUGUACACCCCAUCGGCUCGCGCGAGCAUGCAGGAACGUUCACGUCGGUUUUCGCGCCUCUCGAGCUUCCCUUGGAAGAGGAUAAAUGGCCGCAAGGCAGGACUGGGGGACCAGGGCGAUGUGGAGGUUUGUCGGCGCAAAAGGAGGGUGAGGAACCAGUUGCUGUUUUCUCAGCUCGACCUGGAGGACGCGUCUGGGUCGCCGACUGCACAUCUGGCGAUGUACAUACGACGUUACGUCUCGCUCCGUCGACUUCUUCGGUGGCUUGCUUUUCUUCCCCAUUCGCGUCUUCGCGUUUUUCGUCUUCUGCGUUCUGGCGAGGCGCGGCCGCAGCAGAGACACGAGGGAGAGACGUCGAAGCGACAGACGGAGACGCGGAGGGAGAGACGCGAGCAGGGACUUCGCUUCUCGCCGCCGCGCGACCCUCUCUGCACAGGCUGACUCAUUUGACGGGUCGCUCGUUUCUUAGCUGGACCACCGUGGAGGACGCGAAACUCGCUUCUUCCUCUUCGUCCGCUUCCGCUUCUUCCUCGGCUCUGUCUUCCUGUCCGUCUUUCUCUUCUUCCUCCACUCGGUCUUCCUUCUCUCUCCCUGCGUCUACGCCUCCUCUGUCCGCUGGCGCGCCGGAGCGCGUUUCUGCGGCGCAAGAACCUCGCGCAACUGCUGCGUCCUUCCUAGAGAACGAGGAAGAUGCCGCGGCGGCGCCGAGGGAUGCCGGGAGUUUGCCGGGGACAGUUGAGGCCUUGCAGGGCGCUGCGUCCUGUCCACGCCUCACUGCCUGUGCGCCUGCGGCGAAAGGCGAGACGAAGGCCGCGCUGGGAGGCGCCGCGUCGGUCUGCAGAGACGUCCUUCUGGUCAAUCUGGGAAGCAUAAAGGUGGAGAAGCAGUGGCGCCUCCCUGGAGAACUCACGCAGGCAGCGGCGGAUAUCCGCCGCGCCAGCUGGCAGACUCUGUUUUUGGUGGCUUCGCGGGUCUCGAGACGGAAGGUGCCAAGCGGCUGGCGCGACGAGAGAGGCUCGUUGGAGGCGCGAGCGAGAUUAGUGAAAAGAAACUUCAGAAGAGAAGAUCGAGAGAGGACGAAACACGAAGGAGAGAGAGAGGAAGCGGAAGGCCAUCUCAAAAACUGUGGAAAGCGCGAGGGGAGAGACGCAGUUUGUGCGGGGGAGGAAGCAGCUUGUAUAGGGGAGGAAACAUCGAGACACGAGAGAGAAGAAGAGGACUGCUUUCUCCUCUGCACUCUUGUUUUUUCGAAAAACAGAAAGACCAUGGCGAGACGCCUUCUUGCGGGAAUCGACGCCGCCUCCGCCGAAGGUGCUUGGAAAGCCUUUCCGCGACCUCUCUCGCCUGAGAUGCCUUCGUCCUUCGACGUUGCUGGGUCGGCCUUGAAAAGAAGUCAAACCACCAAGCUGGAAAGCGCUGCAGAACACCGAGGAAGCCAGGUCCACCGCGGGGGUUGUCAUUGGUUCGAUUCGGAGAUUUCUGAGAUCCGGAUCGCAUGUCAAAAACAGAAUCUUCCACCUGACGGCCUCCUUUUGCCGAAGGUGUGCCUUCCUCUCGGGAUCCCUCGCUCUCUUCCGCUCGCGGCCUUCGCCUCCGAUGGCGAGUCGCAGGAUGCCUUUUCCAUCUUUGCGUUGUCUUCUUCUACUCCCUUUCCUGACGAGAGAAACAGACACUCGCGACGCCUGCGGCAAGACGAAUCGGAGGAUUGUGCACAAUGCCGCUCUUCUUCGACGCAAGUAGAACAGCGCGACCGUUGCCGCUCCUCGCAUCUUGAGCCUCUUUCGUCUGCGUUCUCUUCUUCCGCUCCCUCUUCGUCUCCUCAUGCAGCUUCGACUCACACGAGAAGAGAAGACUCGUUUCUCUCUCUCGGAGACUGGGUGCAUGCUGCACUCUGCUUCUGUCUGGCGUACGCAGUCGACGAAUCCGUUCUUUCCGCUGACUGGGGUAUUGCUUCUUCCUUUCUUCCUCGCUCUCGCCGUCUCUCGGCGUCUCUCCCUUCUCACGUCAGAGACCAAGAAAGCAGGACCGUCGACGUUCCGUUUUCUGCCUCGCCUUCGUCGCCUUGCUCGUCUGACUCAUCGUCGACCUCCUCCACGAUAUCUGCUGGGUCUCCGUUUCCAGUUUUCGCCUUUCGCGACGCUUGUCCGUCUGCGCCGGGAUCACUUGCAGGGCGCGGGAGUGCUCUCUCUGCGGAGACUUCGCACCGGAUGGGCCGAGCAGCGAGCAACGCUGCAUCUCCGCAAUUCAGAGGCGGAGACAGGUCUUCUCCGCGUUUUCCUGCCGGCGCUUUCGCAACUGAACGCGCGCAGGCACUGCUGCGUUUUCUUCUACCCAUCGUUCACUUCGCGUCUGCCCUGGUGGGGCAAGCGACGGUUCCCCAAACGGUUUCUGCCGUUUCUCAGGGUCACUCGCAUCUUAACCUUGACGGCCGUCUGCGAGGAUCUCCAAACGCACAGAGAGGAGAGGCAGAAGCGUCACAUGGAGGGAGCCGAACCGAUGAAAGAGAGUCUGAAGCGGAACGAAGCGGUGCGACAAAUCUGGGUGCGUCUCCGGAUGCUGAGAUUCAGAGAAGAGGAGGAAGAGAGUCGAGCGAGGAAGUUGAGAUUUCGUUUGUGUUUUCGCAGGCAUUUUUUGGGUUCUACGGCAGAUCAGAAAUCCACGCUGCUUCUGUGUGUUGGAGUCGUGAUCUGGGAGCUUUUCGGAAGCCUUUUCGGGCAGAUGCCUGCUGUUGCGUUCCCCUUUGCCUUCCGUCCCCUUCGUCUUUUCUUUUUCUCCUACGGCGGUUCGUAGAGACUGUUGAAGCACUCGAGGCUCUCGCCUGCGCGACAGGCGUUUCAGCUGCUUCUUUUCCUCUACGAAAUUUCCCCCCUGCUCGUCCUGUCUCCUCUGGCCAUAAGAGCCUUCGUACACACACCCAUCGACCAGGAACUCGAUUGUCUCCGUCUUCUGCUUCUUCUUCCUCUUCUGCUUCUUCUGCUUCUUCCUCUUCUGCUUCUGCUUCUUCGGCUGGUUCCUCUUAUUCGUCGUCGUCUUGUGCCGCGAAGGACUUGGACAUUCGAGAAGUCGCGUUGCCGCUUGGCGGCUCGACAGCCGCCGGUCUUCCCUCGGUCCCGGCCCUCCGCGCUCCACUGUCCUCUCCGGUCCUCGAGUUGCCGCUGCGUCUCUCGCGCGGAAAAGUGGAGAGACUGAGAAAACACGUUCGUCUGUUGAGCAGCUGGCUCUUGCAGAGAGAGGACGUUUGGAACCCCAUCCGCUCGCACAAGGCUCAGGCGUAUGUACACUGCCUGCACGCGGCUGCAUGCGCGGAACGAGCUGCGCGGCGACGACAGCGGAUGGAAGGUUGCGCGCUGGCGGCGGCGCAUCCCGCUUCGCCUCUUGUAGACACUGCCGCCUUCUUCUUUCCUUCGAUCUUGGACAGCAACGAAGAGUCUGCCUCGUCCUUUCUCUCGUUCCCGACUGCGUCUGCAGGCUCUCGCGGGCGUUGCGGCUCGCGCCCGCGUCGUCCUGAAGGCGCUGCCCGCCAGGGAGAGUUUGCCGCUUUUCCAGAGAAACAGCGAGCGUCAACGGCUUCGAGAUCCACCGCUCCAGAUGACGGCGUCGCUCUUGACAACAAAGCAACUGUGAUACGCAGAACUCCAGAAGAAGGCAGGCCUCUCGGCGGAGCUGCGCCAGUCCCAGCCACACCCCCCACUGCUGCUUCCACCCCCUCAGCUCUUCAGGAAGUCUCCCCUUUCAGAGUCUCCAGCUCUCAACCUCUCGGCAAUUUGCAUAUCCCCAACUCUCACAGCAACCCUCAGACAUGUCUACUCUCUUCUUCCUCUUAUGCUUCUUCGUCUUCUUCGUCGUCUUCUUCGUCUUCUUCUUCGUCUUGGUCUUCUUCUGCAUCUGUUCCGAUUCGUUCUGCUCGUCUCGCGUCUGGCGAAGCAGACGCGCUUGGUGGAGGGACUCACAGGCCGUGCGAUGCGGACUUCUGUCUCGCGGAAAGCAGAGUCGAAGGACGGGGAGCGUCGUCGGAUUCGUCUUCCAAAGCUCUUUCGUCUGUGCCUCCGGAGACGGUCGCCACUCGCGACAACGCCUUCGUGGUGUCUGCGGGAGCCAGAGGAAGUCGCGCGCGUCCAGAGUCUCUUAUUUCUCAACCGGACCGGAACAGGGAAAGUCCAGGAGAAAGUCCAGAACAACUCACUAGAGAGAGUUCGGCAGGACGGGAGCUCCAUGUCGCGCCUGGGGCCUUCUUGCGCAGUGUGGCUGUCGCCUCGCAUGCAGCGACGACAGCAUUGCUCGGUGCUGCCAGCAGCGCGCCUGUAUCUCCUCCGUUUUCUUCUUUUUCGGCGCCUCCUCCCUCUUCGUCGUCGUCUCUGUCGCCUUCCUCCCGGGGCGAAGGAGAGAGCGAAGCACCGUUUCUCUGGCUUUCAGAGAAGGACGAAUCGCGCGAACAGAGUUCUUGGGUCCUUGCCGCGGAGGGGAUUCUCGUGGCGACGCUGGCGGAGGGAGGCGAAGAAGCUCCCUCACCGCCUUCUCUUUCUUCUGCCUUUUCUUCCUUUUUGCGCGGAGCAGUGGCUCGCAUGGAACCUAUUCCGGAGAACCGACACCCCUGUGCGCAUGCAGAGCAGCCAAGUUCUUCGGCGUCUUUUUCUGCCGCCGCUGGUCUCCCCCCCGCGACUCGCGCCGUCUGUCCGGGAGACGCUUCAGUGGUCCGGGGAUCUCCUUUCGAGAGCGCUCGAACCGAGGACGAAGAGAGUGAGGAGAGGACGUCGGCGUCUUCCGCGGUUCUGCAGAAACGCGUCACUGAGCGAGAGGACGCUGGAGCGGUCGACAGAGAGAACAGAGAGGGGCGAGAGACCAAGGCGUCCAGGGAUAAGAGGGAGCGUACAGUUGUGUUUCCUGGGGAAGAAGAGCUAAAAGGAAUGGGGGGACAAGCAGUGGCGAAGGCGACGGCUCUGGGUGUCUCUGCAGCAGAGGCGGCGGGCGCUGCGGCCGCCUUCGCAGUGUCGGAGGCUGCAGCUGUCGCCGGCGCCGCUUACGGCAACGUCGCCUCGUCUCUCUUUCAACAGAGCGCGGCAAUCGCUCCGGGCGUCUCCGAGGAUCCUGGCUUCCACCAACUUGGGUCGUCGCUCUUCAAGUACUUUUGGGGAGUUGAGGGAUCCCGAGGAGACUCUGGGAACAAUUCGACGCAGGCAGGUUCGAUUGCGUCUCCCUCAUCUUCUCCCGCUGUGGCGCCAUCCACUUGGGGCGCCAACGCGUCUCUUCCUCGCCAUCGAGACGGCUCCUCUGUCUUGGCGCCCGGUGUCUCCUUGCCUCCUCUGCGCUGUGAGUCAGCUGCGCCGGCGGUCAGGGCAGCUGUCUCCUCCGUUCCAGAGAGGGAUGAGCCUUCGGAGGAGAGGAGCAGCCAGGCCAGCUUCGCUUCUCUCUACUUUGGAAGAGACACACGGCAGAGGAAAGAGAGAGGAGAAGGCCGCGACGGCCAGCAGGACGGAGAGGGUCGAGACGACGACAGCAGAGUCGUGCGGUUCGCAUGCGACCUCAACCGAGGCAGUCGGGAGACGGCUUACAGAGAAGGCGGCCGGGGCGCAUCCGAGAAUCGCGAAGGAGGUGGAUGUCGUUCCUCUCUCGGAGUGGAGAAGAAACUGGGAGGAGACAGAGGAGACACGCGGGGAGACAGCGAAGGACGCAGACUCUUGCGCGGUCGGGAAGACUGCCGAGACGAGGUUUUCUCGGAGGAGAGUCUGGAUGCGAGAAGGCGAAAGGUUGGGGAGACUCUCAGGAGGACGGUGUUGGGCGCAGGAGAAGUCGAAGAAGGUGAGGCAGAAAGGCGACGGAACGAGGGCAGAGACGAGACGCCGAGUUUCCAGCUAAACGGUGAUGAAACGGAACCUUCCAGAAAUGUCGUCGUUGCUGCCGCGACCCUCUUCGAACUCCUCGCGCUCCUCGGAACGACCCACGAAGACGAAACCGUCCAGCCGAGGUGCCGCAGAGGCUUUAGAUCUGCUCCUUCCUCGGAGGCUUCUUCUUCUCGAAUGUCCUCUUCUUCGGUUUCUGCGUCUCCUGGCGCGGCCUCGUAUUCGUCUGCUGCUCCUGUGUUGAGAGAGCAGAGGAAAUCGGCUGGUGCCGGCGUCUCGCCCAGGUGCUCUUCCGCGAGCGAAGAGGCUCUGAAGAGAGGGGAGGAAAAGAAGAGACGGGUGUCUCUUUGCUGGCCGGCCGUUGGUGUGCCGUGGCGUCUCUCUGGAGCCUCGUGCGUGGACGAGCAUGCAGUUUUCUCGCGAAGACGUUUCCCCCCAAGUUUGGACGUUCCUCGCGUAUCCGAGACGCCUGACGCCGUCUGCCCCGCCUCGGCGUCGCGAGCCGUGUCAUUGUGGCUGCAAAGGAAAUGCGAGACGCUCCAAAGCGAGCUGUCGUUCGCGCGUUGCCCACACUCAGCGCGUUCCUUGUCUCCGACCUUGCUUUCUUCUCCCUCGCGUCCGUCCGCGGAUGUCGAGACCUUCACCCAGCGAGACGCACUGGUGUUCUGCUGCUGCUUCUUUCGUCCGGCCUCCCCCAUUCUGGAAAGAAGAAGCGACAGCUUCUCUCGAGGCGAGAGGCGCGAAGGAGUGUUGCAUCUGCAGGCCAUUCGGGAUGCUGUAGACCGAGUCUUCUUCGUCGCCGGCGGACGAGGCUGGCACCGAGUGUGCGCCUUGCUGGCUGCCUGGUGGAGGUCGGGAGCAGAGACCGCGCCGGGAGGUCCGGAGCAGGUCUCCGGGGAAGUUCGCCUUUCAAACGCUUGCGGCGCCGAAUCCACCCUUCUCGCCGCAGAGCCGCAGCUGAGGCAUUUGCCGCUCGCCACAGCAGUCUUCGACCUUGCUGCUGGGAAGAAGGGAGUUUCGCUUCUCGGCAGGAGAGCAGCCGCAGGAGAGACGCGCCGCAGCUACGGCAGAGACGAAGGUCCAUUCGUCGAUAGGGAGCGCGCCAGAGAACGCGAGGAAGACGGAGAGAAAGCAAAGCGAACGAGAUACGCGGCUUUUAUCCAGGAAACAGGCAACCUCUUUGAGGCGAAAGAAUCUCUUCCGGGGAAAGAAGGGGACGCUGCGGGAGAAGGACCGAAUCCUGGAGACACAGUCGCUGCUGUUCGAGAGAGCCAAGAGGCCCCGCAAGACAUACUCCCGAAAAAGACGCUUCCUCUCGCUCCUGCCUCGUCUCCGUUCGACCCUGAGGAGCUUCGGAGUGCUACUCUAGCGGCGCAGAUUGACGCGCUGGCGAGCGCUUGCGCUGCGGCGUUUCCAUGGCUUGCGCCUUGGCAUGUGCUCUCCUGGAUGUUCCUGGGGGCGGCUUCGCUGCAGGAGGCCUGUUUGAAGAGCAGCGAGGCUUCGUCGCUCUGGCGGGGACAGCCGGGGGGUCGCGCAGCGCCGUUUGCGUGCUCGCGAGGAAACGCCAUUCUCCUCAACUUCCCGGAUGGCAUUUGGGUCAAGUUGUCGGGUGGCUGCGCCGAUUCAGGCGACUCUUGUUCCAUGCGAGAGUUCCGCAGAAGUGCAGAAAACGAGAACCAGCCUCCCUCACUGUCAUCCCUGUACGACUCCGUUUCCGAUCCUCCUCCAUGCGAGAAACGUCGGAGUCCCUCUUCACAAGCUUCGUCGCCUUCUUCCCGGUCUGCUUCCGUCUCGGACUCUCCUCUCAGGUUUCUACCUUUAGUGGGGGUACACUUUUGUCGGCGGUAUCUCUCUCUCUUUCGAUCUUCUUCUUUGCUGCCUUUCUUGCGUCUGCCGGGCCUCUCUGACCUUCUUGCCCUGCAAGCCGAGCUCCACAUUCUCAGUCUUUCUGCGCAUUCGCGACGGGAGACAGCUCGGCCUCCACCAUCACUCGUGCCUUUUUCUUUCUCCUCGCAUUCGUCUGCUUCCCUUGUUCACGAGACCACAGACGAGCAGGAAGAUGCCUCGCCUCACCUGGAGGUCCCUGAGGAAAGCCGCGAAGCGUCCAUCCACUCCGUUGUUUCUUCUCUCGCUUCGUCUCCUCUGGCUUCCUCCUCCUCCUACCUCUCUGCUGCCCUCUGCACUGCUCGCGGUUCUCCGACAAAGUCUCUGUCUGCUUCGCUCGAGUCUGUCUCUUGUCUCGCAGGCUUAGACGGCGAGACUGCAGGCUCUGUGGGGGGCUUCGUUUCAGGCCUCGUCGAAGAUGCAUGUUGGUUUUCGCUGUCGAACGAAGGCGAGGAGAAGUUUCUUUUCCAUCCUGCUCUUUGUCGCUCUCCAACAGAGACAACGGCUUCGCAGGACUCCCCGAGAGGAUGCGACCAUGUAGAGACUCCUGCGACGCGAGGUCUCUCGACUUCUUCCCGGUCGAUGUCUCCCCCUCGAUCUUCGCUCCUUCCUCUCCCCGCCUCUGACUUUGCGUUCGCUUCUUCGAAAAAGUCUCUGGCCUCUUCCGCCGCCGCUUCCCCUCGCGUGCCUGGCUGUGCCAGUCGAAAGGCUGCCUCGCGGAACGAGGAAGUUCCGGCGAAGGAACAGAAGCAGCAGAGAGAGCAGGGAGAGGAGAAGACGCAGGAGAGGGAUAACCGCUUUGCGGAGAGCAGGCGAAAGGGCAGUGGUGACAGAGAGACUUCUCCAAAGUCAGAGCAUAGGGAGAAGAGUGUGGCGGAUUGGGCGGAAGGGGGAGCUUUGCAGGAAAGAGAAAAUGAGGGUGAGGCGAGAAGGAACUUCGUACAGACACAGGUUUAUGAGAUGAGAGACGACAAGGAGAACGCAGAGCACCGAGAACUGAGCGUUCUCAUCUCUCGAGUGGAAGCAUCCUUAAGUCUCGGAUCACCCGUUCACGUAUGCAGACUCCUCGUGCGACAUCUUCUGCCUCGACUUCUCUCUCUUCUCUCUGCUUCUUCGAUUUCGCGGACUGGGCACCACCGCGGCGCCUUCGCGGCGCCCAGGCUUGCUGCAGAAACGGCGAACGUCCAUGCCACCGGAUGCGACAAGGAAAACUCAGGCAGCGGAGAAAGAGAGGACGGCGAGCAGAACACAGGAAGGAAACGGAGAACAGGGGGAGAAGGAGAGCAAGGCAGAGAGAGGGAACAAAGCAGGGAGGAAGACGAAGGCGGCGUCAGCGACGCGGAAGACAGCAGUAAGGGAGGACGACGGCACAUGCCGACGGAGAGAAAAGAGACAGACGAAGCGGACUCAGAUGGAGAAGGAGAAAGGAAGAGAGAGGACGCGUUCAGUGUCGCAGGAUCGCAUGCCGACAAGAGACUCAGGACCUCGGAAGGAAGUCGAGAGAGAGAAGCGGGAGAAAAUCUGCAGUUUUUCCUGCUUCGCUGCGCUGCCUUCCUCGCUGACAGCCUCGCGCAGACGAGCGUUCUGCUGACAGAGUCGAAGAACGACGAAGACGCUGGAGCGAGAAAGAUUUUUCAAGACGAAGAAAACCACUCCGAGAGGGAAGAGGACAUCACACCUGCCCGAGAGAUCGACGGGAGAAGCGUCAGAGAAGCAGAGCGUGGAGAGAGCAGCGAGACAAGCGAGCACCGUUUUUCUGUUCACAUCGCUGCUGAGGAAGCUGAAGAGAACUCUGCAGACCGGAAGGGAGCGAAAGCAUUUCACUCUUGCUCGUACGAGAAACGUUCUGCCUUGACUCUUGAAGAAGUAACCGACUGCUUCUUCCUCCUUCGCGCGACUCUCACUGCUCUUGAGGAGAGGGAGGAAGGCGAAAUCCGCAGACAAGACAGGUGGAGAGAAGAAUCCCGACGAGGCGACGAAGGAGUAGACGAAGGAUCGAGAGAGUGCAGAGGCGAAAAACGCCUCAGAGACGACGCACGGAGAGGCGAAGAAGGGAGAGAGAAAAAUGGAGAAGGCGAUGCAGGGAGGAACUCGCUGUGGUGUACGGACAGCGUGGGGAAGGCAGACUUGAUUUUUCUCCUCCUGGCAGCAGCGGCCUGUCAUCCCGGCGUCUCGAAGUUUGCGGCAAUGAAUCGCACUUUGGUAGGAACGAGGGAAGCUGGACAGGAAGUAGAGUCGAGACUCAGGCGAAAGACAGCGGUGAGACGAGAAGAAGAAGAGAAGGGAGACAGAGGAACCACUGACGAGAGAGCGGCAGAGAGAGACAGAGAAAGAGAAGGCGGGAGAGACGAAAAGCGCAAGUCGCCUGGAGAACAAGACUCUACGGGUCAAGGAGACAGAGACAAGAACCCAGCGAAGGUGUGUCAGGCGGGAGAGGCCUCCGACGAGAGAGAUGGCCCUGUCCUCGAGACGGUGAUGGCAACGCAAAUGGAGGAAAGGCGAGAACAGUUCCAGAAUCGCGACGAGGAGCCGACAGAGAAACGCAAGGAAUACUGUCGCGAGGCUCGUCAGUCUCCGACAAGCGAAGGAUCUCCUCCUGACUCCGCAGUUCAUGGGGCUUUCUUUUCUGACGACUCGCAGAGUGCGCGACGCCGGCCGACCCUGCCCGGCGAGGAGCUUUCAUCUGUCUUCUCCUUCGCGUUUUCUCCAGAGGCUUUUUCAGAUUCUUCAUCGUCUCCUUUUCGCUCUCUCUCGGAGUCACCGGAGGCGUUUCCAGGCGCGAGCGGGGGCAGCGACGCGGCGCUGAAUCGCGAGGAAACGCGUGGAGCUCAGAGCCGGAGAGACACCACUCCCGCAACGCUCCUGGGAGGGCUUCUCGCGACUCCAGCGUCAGAUCCUCUGAGGGUCUUGCUCGAGCAGAACCUGAUCUGCGCGAAAGAAGAGUCUAAGGAAGAAUCCGAAGUGAGUCGUGGAGCAGAAAACGAGAAAGGCCAGGCAGAACGAGGACGAGAAGAGACCCCACAGGAGAAGGGAGGAGGAAGGCAGGUUAAGGAAGAUGCGGGAGGGUGGAAGGGGGAGAUGCAGCACGCAGAGGGAAAACCGUUUGGAGUUGAAACAAGGAAAGCGAGGAGAAGCUGUGAUCGAGCGGCCGAGGCGAAAAAGGAAAUCUCGAAAUGCCAGCAAGGAGGCCUGACACCCUGGGGACGAAGCUGCGUCGGUCUCCCUUCGCCUUGUCGACAUUUUGUGAUGGCGACGCUUCUCAGGCUCCUUGAAAGGAAUGCUCCUCAAAUCCUGCCGACCGAGAACUCUAUCCAUUCGUCUUUUCCUGCUUCGUCUCCGUCGUCUUCGUCCUCUUCUUCUUCCUGCGCGCCUUCUCAGGAGACGCAGGAGGCGGCGUCUGGAUGCCCUCUGGAAGCAGAGCGAGAAGAAGGAUGUGUGAGGGAACGAACGGCUUCUCUGCUAGCUGUGUCGGAGUCUGUAAGGCGAGCAGUAUCCCUUCCGGUCUCGGUUCACCUGGUAUUCCUUUGUCGCGCGCGAGGUCUCGUCGAAGUUUACGGAGCUCAGCAGUGCCGCCUAUCCAGCGCGCCUCCUGCAGACGCCGACGAGGAGAAGAACGCAACUGUUCGUCUCCAAACCGAGAAAGAGUUUCGUCUUCCACAUUUCCCCGAUACGGCCGAGAAAGGCGUUCUAGAUCUUCUCGCGCUUUUGCACAGACACGAGGAUUCUCACUCCAUGACUGCUUAUCGCGUCGACGCCUCUUUCCUGAGUCCGACUGCCAGAUCUCUCUCUCACCGAGAAGACGGUUGGGAGGUCUUCUCUCAAGAGGAGAGCGGCGAGGCUGUCGCGUACCCUCUCUGCGUCUCGAGAUCCAGCGUGGAUGCCGCGUGGAUGCAUGCUAAAGCUGCACAGGCCUUCCCGAGUUCCUUACCUUCUGCUCGCCUCCAUGCCUCUCCUUCUCGUUCUCUGCCGGGAGACUGCUGGCGCCUCCUGAGUGGACUCGCCUUAGCAGCUCGCGGCCGAGAGGCUCCUUGGUUGUUGCCGGCAGCUGUGAAGUCUUCUCGCUUCUCUUCCUUGGACUCUCAGAUCGACGCCGAGACGCAGCUGCAUGCGUGGAGCGGGAAGACAGGCCUGGACGCCGCAGACGACGAGCACCUGAGCGUUUGUUCUCUCGAAACGUUCACUAAGAAAGGCGAAACAACGGCGCGCUUUGCCCAGAAACAGAGCGGACCUCUCGCGAGCUUCGAGUUGGUACCUGCUGCGCCGCUGUACGCGUCAGCAGGCGACGCGUCUCCCCCAGUCCGGUGUGCAGUGCAGCAAACGGUUGGAAAGCCGAGUGCGUCUUGUGUUUCUCGAAGGCAACUGUCUGGAGUCUUGAGAGUCUCGCCGAAUUGCCGAGACUCUUCUCGACUGGCGUUCUCACUAAAGGAGCCGCAGUGCGAGAAAGACUCUGUCCUCGAGCGCGGGGAUGCCCGAUGGAGAGAAGAGCCGGCAGCUUGGCUGUCUCGGCGGUUGGGCAACGGCGUCCAGCGCGUAGAGAACUUCACAGGACGAGGGGAGAAGGUGACGCUCUCGAGGUCGAGAGGCGAUCGGAGAGUCUCAGAGCGAAGCGCGAAUCUCGAAUGCUCCACCGUCGCCGCGCUGGCUGCUCUCGAGGAAACCAUGCAGAGGAAGUGGAAUCGAUCCUUCGCAGCCAGGGCAGCGUCGGCACCCGGAGUCGCACGCGAGAGAGAACGCGAAAAGACGGGAGAAGUAGAGAGGACGGGAGAGAAGAGAGAACUGGAGAGCAAAGGCGAGAAAGAGAAAGAAGACGAGGAGGAGAAAAAAGACGAGGAAGAGAAAGAAGACGAGGAGGAGAAAGAAGACGAGGAAGAGAAAGAAGACGAGGAGAACAAGCAGGCCCAGGCGAAAGGGCAAGAAGGAGGGAGAAGCGGGCAGGUGCAGGGCGACAAGAGCGCAGAAGCAAGAGAGAAGAACGAAAGAGAGAAACCAUCAAGAGAGAAGAACGAAAGAGAGAAGAACGAAAGAGAAGAGGAGGGAGGACAGAGUAAAGAUGCACAAAGGCAAGCAGAGAGAAAGAGAGAGGAAGGGCAAAGAGACGAGGAGCUGAUGGAGACAGGAAGAAUGGUGAGCUUUGACAUGCGGAGCGAGACUCGCGAUCGACGAGACAAGGGCUUUUGGGUCGAGGACGAAAAAGAAGGCGAGGGAAGCGGAAGUGUAAAGCUUCCUUCUCUCCCGGCCUCCUCUCCACACACAAGGUCAGGACGGAGCUUACCUCUUUCUUCUCCGGUAGAAGCGAGCACCCGGACGCAGCAGCUCAAAUUGUCGCACCCGCUUUCUGAGCUUUGAUUCGCUUUUCAGUUUUAUUCCUCCCGCAGAUGUCGACGCCUUCCUGAGCCGCGUCUCUCCUCAUUUUGGAGAACAGGCGAUUUUUUUUCUGGAAAUGAACUGAGAGGCGCAGCGGCAGAACGGCGGCGAGGUGAGAAGGAAAACAGACUCAUGCAAGUGGGCGCCUCAGUCGCGUACAUCAUAUUCUCCCUGUCCCUCUUUCUCCCGUAUCUCAACGCUCACACACAGUCAUACUUAUAUAUCCACAUGCAUUUGC